CCCACUCAAGUGCAAGCCCCACAACCUGAUAACUUACUAUCGAACCAGCUAGCUUUGCCAUGCCCGCCAAGGACUGCGGCGAGAAGCUCGCGCCCGCUGCGGACAGCAAGGCGCGCGACGCGGCGGACGACGACGACCUGGCCGCCAAGAAGAAGCGCCUCAAGACGCAGCGCGCGGACCGCAAGGGCGCCGACCUGUCGGACUCGGAGGACGACGAGACGGAGGAGGAGGACGCGCCCUCCUCCGCCAGCGACAGCGACGCCGAGGACCGCGAGUACUCGGUGGACUUCGGCGCCAUCACGGCGCGGCUGGGCGGCGCCACCAGCACGCACCGCCGCUCCGUGGUGUCGUCCUUCGUGCCGCCGCCCAACGAGCAGUGGACGCCCCCCGUGAACCCCAAGAGCGCGCAGGACGCGGACUCGAUCCGGAGAUCCGUGCGCAGGAACCUGCUGUUCGCCAACAUCCCGGAGGACACGCUGCAGGUGCUGGUGGACGCCAUGAAGUACGUGGCCGUGGACGCCGACGUGGAUGUCGUGACGCAGGGCGACGUCGGCGGAGACAGGUUCUUCAUCCUCGACAGCGGCGUGUGCGACGUGCUCGUGAACGACCGCGUGGUGGGCGAGGUGUGCGCCACAUCCCCGCGCAACUUCUUCGGCGAGCUGGCGCUGCUGUACGACUCGCCGCGCGCCGCCACCGUGCGCGCCAAGACGCCCGUCGAGUGCUGGUCGCUGGACCGCGUCACGUUCAAGCGGGUGCUCAUGGCCACCACCAUGCAGCAGCGCGCACUCUACCUGGACUUCCUGGGCCAGGUGCCCAUCUUCUCGACGCUGUCGAGCUACGAGAAGAUGACAGUGGCCGACGCCUUGCGCGUACAGUUCGUCGAGUCGGGAGACACCAUCCUCACGGAGGGAUCCAGGGGCGACGACUUCUAUAUUAUUGCAGACGGCGAGGUCAAGUGCACGCGCGGAGGCGAGGAAGUGUCAGCACGGCUCGGCGCCGGCGAUUUCUUCGGCGAGCUCGCGCUCAUCCACGACGACGUGCGCCAAGCCACUGUCACAGCCAUGCGCAAGACCAAGCUGCUUGUGCUGGACCGAGCCACCUUCAAGCGCCUGCUGGGCCCCAUGCAGGAGCACCUGCGCAAACGCGCCGACCUCUACGAGCUCUACAUGAACGCACCAAGGAUCACCGAGCAGAACUGA